GCGCUUUAUAUUUUUACUUUUAACUGUAAGAAUAUGUAUGAUUUUUAAUUUUUCAACAGGAAUAACACAAAAACGAACCUUACAACUUUAUUCAUAUAUUUAUUCAAAUAACCUACACAUCCCUCUAAAUAUUCUAAAUAAAUUCUCAGAAAUGGCUGCUAAGGUUAAAACUAAGGUUGUUAAAUCAGAAAAAGGUGAAGAUCUGAACAAUGAAUCUCCAACAAAAUCACCCUCAUCUAAGAGUAGAAAGGCCGUUAAAAAAGCGCCUAAGUCACUAACUCAAACAAAACUAGAUUUUGCAACACCAACUCCCUCUCCUGCUCCUGCCAAAUGGGCAAAAUUACCUCCUCUAGACCCGAACGAGAACAUAGGUGAAGCAUUUAGGAAAAUUGUUGAGUUGAGAAAGAAAUCUAAUGUUUAUAUUGGAGCACACGUUUCAGCCUCAGGAGGACCAGACAAUUCAGUAGGAAACGCAUACAAUAUUCUAGGCCAAGCGUUUGCUCUUUUCCUUAAAAACCAAAGGACGUGGAACUGGACAGAUUUGUCGAAAUCUGCAAUUGAGAAGUUCCAAAUUAACAUGUUAAAUCACAACUACGAUCCCAAAUUCGUACUUCCUCACGCCUCUUACUUGAUUAACGUGGCUAACCCAGAUCCCGAAAAGAGAAAAAGAGCCUUUGAUAACUUUUUAGAUGAUAUUCAAAGAUGUGAAGUACUUGGAAUAACUCUUUAUAACUUUCAUCCAGGAUCAACUUGCGGUUUAUGUGAAAAGAGUGAAGGAAUACAACAUAUCUCAGACUGUAUUAAUAAGGCCUUGGAGAUGACGAAGGGCGUUACAAUUGUAUUGGAAAACGCCGCAGGACAGAAGAACGUCAUUGGCUCUAAGUUUGAAGACUUGAGACAGAUUAUAGAUAAAGUCGAAGAUAAAUCAAGAGUUGGAAUUUGCCUUGACACAUGUCACCUUUUUGCCGCGGGAUAUGAUAUUAGAACAACUGAGCAGUUUGAUGAAGUGAUGAAGGAGUUUGAUAAAGUUGUUGGACUUAAAUACCUUCGAGCAGUGCAUUUGAAUGACUCAAAGUCAGACCUCGGUAGUGGGCUUGAUAGGCAUGAAAACAUUGGCAAGGGGAAGCUUUCAGAGCAGACGUUCAGGUUCAUAGUUAACAGUCCGUACUUUAAAAACAUGCCUAUAAUUCUUGAAACGCCAGUCCCUGAAGGGAAUGAAGAGGUGUAUAAGCAGGAGGUUAAACUGAUGUAUAGCUUGCUCGAAUAG